AGUAUAGCAGUAGCAUAGUAGAGUUAGAUUAUAUUCUAUAUGCAGCAGUAGCAUAGUAGAGUUAGGUUAUAUUCUAUAAGUCGGAAUUUAAAAAUAUCAACAGGAAAAUACCAAGAUGUUAAGGAAAAAGCAUAACGUGUCAUAUAUUAAGCCGACUGAGCCAAAAUUCUUACGUGAAUUAAAGGAACAAAUCGGAUAUAAGGAAGGACCUACGAUUGACACAAAGAGAGAAAUAUUACCACAAGAUUCAAAUAAUGAAGAAGAACGUGAAGAAGAGAAGCCUGUUGUAGUUGUAUUAAAUUCUGAACAUCUGACUGCAGAACAAGCAGAGGCAUAUAAGAAAAAAAAAGAAGAAGAGGAAGCUAAUACUCCAGCAGAUUUAUCUAAAAGAAUUAUAUUUAAGAAAAAUAAAAGAACAGAGACAGAAUCAGAUACAGCAAAUAAGCCAGUGAAGAAGAAGAUAAAGAAAGCAAAACAAGAAAAAAUUGUAUUAUCUUUUAAUGAUAAUGAUGAAGAUUAUUUGUAACAUUAUUUAUAUUACUUUUGUAGCUAAAAUACAUAAAGUAA